UCUGCUCUAUUUAAUUUUCAGUCUCUAUUGCAGGUUUUGCUUCUUUUGAUUUGCACCUCAGCCUACAUCCACUCUCUCUGGCCAGCGUUAUUAGAUAAAAACAGAACUGGUGUUGCUGGUGUAUUUUGGAAGUUUGCAAGAAUUGGUGAAAGAUUAAGCCCCUACGUAUCAAUCUGUUGCGUUAUAAUGGCUGUUAGCCACUUAAUAUGA